UGCCAAGGAAAGCAAAAGAUUUUUUUAACCCCAUCUUAAUUUUUAUUUUUUUAUGUUAUAAAUUUAUUAUUUUCAUAUCAUUCCUAUUUUACUAAAAAAAAAUUACUCAUAAAUUUUUUAAGUUAUCAAGCAUUAGAUAAAUUUAUAAUUUUAUAUUUUACUUGACUCUAUGAUGAUCUCUUUUAUUUCUAAGAGUGAAAAAUAAUGUUUACAUACAAAUAGUAACCAUCUACUUACCAUAUUCAGGCAAAAAAAAAAGAAAAUGUAAACAAAUUUAUCUACUUUUUGCAUGUAGUAUAACAUGAGUGUAUAAUCAUUUGUCAAUUACUUAAAUUAUGAUUGUUAAUGUAUAAUUGACCAAAAGGUUUAUUUCAACAAUGUAUUUUUUUGUUUGUUUUCCACUUGUGUAUAUGAUACAUAGUAUUAUACAGUAUUGUUUUAACAUAGCAUUACUAAAUGAAGAAUAUACAUAACUUCUUGAAAAUAAUACUUUACAUUAAUUAAGUUAUACAACCUAAUGUCACUAUUCAUACUCUUAAAUAUUUUUUAUAGGUGGCAAAAUCACACUUUCAAUCAGAAAUACACUCACGCACAUGACAUAUACGCACUAAACUGAUAAAAAAAUCAGAAAGUAUAACUGGGACUAAAAAUAUUUGUUAUUUGUAGAUAAUUUUUCGUACAAUGUUAGCAUAGGUAAAGACGAGUGUGUGGUUUCUUUUAUAAACACAAUAUUAAAAUGACCUUGUAUAUAUUAUGUUCAAUGCAGUAAAUAAAUAAAUUCUACAAUAAUUAACAUGAGACCAAUUAUUGUUCUUAUGUUAAGAAAAUAGUGCAUAAACCAGUCUAAUGAGGUACUCGAGUAAAAUCCUUAUUUCAGUUUCCGUUAGAAUUAUCAAAUAAAUGUAAACUGAAGCCAAGAACCAUGUUUAAAUAAUAAAUAUAAAUCUUUCAAAGUUAUAAAACUCCAAUUUAAAAUUUAAUGAUAGUAUGCACUUGUAGUAGCAAUAUGUACUAAACCAAGGUUUUAUAAAAUAAAAAACACUGUGCCAUAUGAAGGUAUGCAUUGUAAUAUAUAAUUGUGAUACUUUUAUAAUUUUAUUUAUAUUCAAGUUAUUUAGGUACAUACUGGACUUGAUGUUAAUAUAAUGUGAUUUAUAGCCACUUAAUUUCUCCAUGGGUAACUUGAAAAUGUUUUACAUAUUCCAUUUCAUUUGUUUUUAUAUCAACUUGAAAGGCUUUUUCACAUUUGGUGAUUUGAAUUCUAUAGUUAAUUGUUUCAGUAAGCCAAGACUCAAUGUGAUCUGUUUCUCUAUUAGAAUAAAAAUAAUGUGGUCUUGUGUAUAUACAAUGUUGCUUCCAGAUUUUGUCGGUAUGCUUCGUACAUAGUUGGUAUAGAGUGGGAAUUGCGUGGGAUGGAAUACUGGGAUAAUGAACAGUGUUACAUUGUUAUAUCAAACCAUCAGAGCUCGUUAGAUAUAUUAGGUAUGUUUGAAAUGUGGCCGCGGAUGAAGCGCUGCACAGUUGUAGCUAAGAGACCGCUUAUGUUUACUGGUGCAUUUGGAUUCGGUGCCUGGCUAUCAGGUUUAGUAUUUAUCGACAGGCUUAAAACAGACAGGGCAAGACAGCUAAUGAAAGAGGCCACCGAGAGAGUCAUAAAGGAAAAGACGAAACUGUGGGUUUUUCCUGAAGGUGCAAGAUACAAUAAAGGUUGUCUACAGGCGUUUAAAAAAGGAGCAUUCUAUCUGGCUAUUGAUGCUCAGAUUCCAAUUCUGCCGGUUGUGUUUAGUCAAUACUACUUUCUCGACAAUGAAACCAAAACUUUUGAACCAGGAAAGGUUGUUAUUACCACAUUGCCUCCAAUCCCAACGAAGGGUAUGACACGAAAUGAUUUAGAAGCCCUGUCGGAAAUGGCACGGGAACAAAUGAUUGAUGUCUUUAAUGAAAGUUCCAAAGAUCUAGUCAUGCAGAAAAAAAUUGCUGUUUAAUUGAAUUGUUAUAUGGAAACAUUAUUAGUAUUAUUCGACUUGCAUUCCAGUUUACAAUAAGUUAAGAUUUUGUCAAUAAAAUCUGAGUUAAGUAUACCAAAGAAAA